AUGCUGGAUUGGGGAUUCUACUUGCUUGACAACAAUUUCUCAAGCCAACUCCCCGGUUUUGGCCGCCGGUAUACUAAGGGCUCACCACUAGAGAGGAGAUGUUUUGCAAGUGAUACAAAAUGCCUUACUGCAAGAGCACAAGAAUAUGCAUCUCUUUUUGUAAAGGGUAUACCAAAUAUACACGUUGAAAGACUUGACCCAAUGUGUAUCGAUUAUAUUAAAAAAGAAAAAGAAGGUUUAAUACUGGAGGGAUGGAACAAUCGGUUAGAAGGGUUAUCGAAUGCAAUUAUAGAUGAACUAAGUAUAGAUAUGAGUUCAAAGGUUAUGAGACUGGUUUUCCACGCAGAAAAAUUCUUAUUUACGAAUAAAUACAAGAUUGAUGGUUUACUUUUCACUAUGCCAAUUUGUGGCGAAGGAGAUUUGUAUUCAUUUGAAAGAAAUAAAAAUGUUGCAUUAACAAUGCCUUUCGAUAUACUUGUUGAUUCUAAGGGCCACAGUUUCAUGAAUUUAAAGAAUUUCACAUACAACUUUGAAACAAAGGAUGGUGCCCAUUUCCACCUUACAAACUUAUACUAUGGAGACCAAGCUAAGACUUCUCCUCUCGAGUCAAGGUGUUUUGCGUUUGACACUAAAUGUAUCACUGCAAGAGCACAAGAAAGUGUAGCUCUAUUUGUACAGGGUUUACCAGACUUGAACAUUGAAAGACUUGACCCAAUGUGUAUCGAUUAUAUUAAAAAAGACUUAGCGGGUUUAAAAUAUGAAGGAAAGAAUUUGCGGAUAGACGGUUUGGCAAAGUCAAUUAUUGAUGAAGUUAGUAUUGACAUGAAUUCAAGGAUAUUGAGGUUGGCAUUUCAUGUAGAUCCCAUCUCUAUAAGGAGUAACUAUAAAAUCGAUGGUGACCUGUUCACAAUACCAAUUUGUGGGGAAGGAGAUUUGCUCACUGUAGAAAGAAACCUACAAGUCGAGCUAAAAAUGCCAUUUGAUUUACUUCUUGACGCAUAUGGUAAAACGUUCAUGAACUUGAAGAAUUAUACUUACAAUUUCGAAGUAAAGGAUGGCGCCCAAUUUAGGCUUUCAAACCUGUACUAUGGAGAUCAAGAAAAAAAGGCACUAGGAAAAUCAAGAAAAUGUUAUAUAGCUGAUACAUGUUGCCUUACUGCAAGGGCUCAAGAAAAUGUGUCUGUUUUUGCAAAGGGCUUAGAAGAUGUUCCUACUGAAAGGUUGGAACCUUUGUUUAUAGAACACAUCAAAAAAGAAAAAGAUGGUUUGAUAUUUGAGGCCCUAGCUGUAAAGAAUGAAGGAUUUAAAGAUUCAAUUAUAGACGAAUUAAGAAUAGAUAUGGCUUCAAAAGUAAUGCGAUUAGUAUUUCACACUGAUUUUAAAUUAAAGGGUCAAUACAAAAUGGAUGGAUUUUUGUUUAAAAUGCCUGUUUCUGGAGAAGAUAAUACAAAUGUUGUUAUGACUAUGCCUUUUGAAAUAUAUCUUGAUUCUCUCAAUAGAAGUUUUAUGGAUUUAAAAAACUUUACUUAUAAUUUGGAUGUGAAUGAUGGUGCGAAUUUCAAUUUUAGUAACUUGUACUAUGGAGAUCAAGAAAAAAUCAACAUACCAUUCCGGUGCCAUGUUCUGGAUGCAGAGUGUACAAAGGCAUUACUUCAGAAUCUCGUGGUUCCUCUAUCUGAGACACUUGACCCCAUGUACAUAGAUUCUUUAAGAAUUAAUGAGGGAGGAUUCAACGGUGACCUUAGCAAUAUUACUGUGACUGGAGGAAGAAACGCUGUCAUCGAUAGUGCCGGAUUUGAUCUUGGUAAACGAGAGAUUAUGAUGCAGUAUCAUACCGACCUGAGGUUAAAAGGCAGAUAUAAGUCGAGUCCCAUAGAUGCGGGAACCGAUAUGUCGAUGUUCAUAAGAAACCUUUAUGUAAAAUUUACAAUGCCAUUUGAAAUCAUCCAAACCGCAAAUAACAAUCGCUUUCUUAAUUUGAAGGCCUUCAAAUAUGAUUAUGAAAUUAGAGAUAACAUCCAAUCUCACAUAAGAGAUUUAUACUUCCAGGCUUCCAGCGGUCAAAGUUUUGCAGACCCUGACCUACAGAACCUCAGAUUGAUUCCUAUUCCAUUGGGAAGAAAUAUGAUGGACAAAAUGGUGGUUAACGUGUUUGAGACUCUUAGAGCAUAUUUACUCUCAGAACAAAUUUCAAAUUUCUUCAUUUAUUAG